GGUCAGAAUGAAGCUGCUGCGCAUGUUGGAAGGAACCAGAAGCAGACGGAGAAGGAGAGGAGUAACAUCGUGGUGAAUUUCUCUUCUCGGUGUUUCUUUAUGUGAACAAAAUGAGGAAAGUUAUUUUCCUGCUGUGCCUCUGCCACGCUGCAUCCGCAGUGACUCACUCUCUGAAGUAUUUCCUCACUGGAUCUACUGGAGUCCCAAACUUCCCAGAGUUUGUGAUUGUUGGGUUGGUUGAUGAAGUUCAGAUUAUUCACUAUGACAGUAACACCAGGAGAGAUGUACCCAAACAGGAAUGGAUGAACAACGUCACAGAAGAUUAUCCUCAGUUUUGGGACUGGGAAACUGAGCUCUCUAAGUUUUACCAGCAGCUCUUCAAAGUCAGCAUUGAAGAUGUAAAGCAGCGCUUGAACCAAACUGGAGAUGUCCACAUUUUCCAGAAGAUGGUUGGCUGUGAAUGGGACGAUGAGAUUGAGGAGGUUAAAGGUUAUGAACAGUAUGGUUAUGAUGGAGAAGACUUCAUAUCAUUUGACCUGGAGACAGAGACAUGGGUCGCUCCAAAACAACAGGCUGUCAUCACCAAACACAAGUGGGAUAAAGACAAAGCUUGGAUAGCACGGCUAAAACACUUCCUCACCCAGCGUUGUCCUGAUUAUCUGAAGAAUUUUGUCAACUAUGGGAGGAGCGUUCUGCUGAGAACAGAGCUUCCCUCAGUGUCUCUCCUCCAGAAGACUCCCUCCUCUCCAGUCAGCUGCCACGCUACAGGUUUCUACCCUGACAUAGCCGCACUGUUCUGGAGGAAAGAUGGAGAGGAUCUUCAUGAGGACGUGGACCUCGGAGAGAUCCUCCCCAACCACGAUGGAACCUUCCAGAUGAGUGUUGACGUGAAACUUUCAUCAGCUGAAGACUGGAGGAGGUACGACUGUGUGUUUCAGCUCUCUGGUGUGAAGGACGACCUCGUCACCAGACUGGACAAAGCAGUGAUCAGGACCAACGAAGAGAAGCCCACUGACAUGACCGUCCCCAUCAUCGCUGCAGUGGUUGUUCUUGCUCUCGUCCUCAUCGCUGUGAUUGGAGUCGUCAUUUAUAAAAAGAAGAACGCACGAUGCCCUCCAUCUCCUGUAAACAACGCUGAGGUCUUGGAGGAACUGAAUCCAGGAUCCUAAAUGAUGAACACACCAGCCUGCACACAGUUUAUGGAUACAUUCUGCACUGGAUCAAGGAGCGGUGCCACAUUCUCCUCCCUAAACUGGGAAUUCAUUGGUUAUUCUUCAUUCAUAUCAUAAACUGGGGGAAUCAGGGUUGGGAAUUUAUUUGUAGAUGCUCAUUGAUUGGAAUACAAAGAAAUUAGAAAAACAAAUACAAAUAUAACAUAAAUGGUGACAUUAAAUUAUUUGGAUCAUUUAGUUAAAAAAAAGUGUAAUUUCCUCUGAUAAAAUAUUUGUUUAAAUGUUGGUAAAUCAAAUGAGGAUGAUUAUUUUUGGAGAGAAGUAAAACAAUGAAAGCAUCACAGAACUCUUCAUACAUAACAAAGACUCAACAAUAAAUCCACCAUAGUUACAGUUUGAUGCUUCUGCUGUUGGGGUUUUCUGCUUAGUGGUAACACAAACGUUAAUUUACACAUGUAGACACCAUAGAAAUGUUUCUAUGAUAGACACACACACACAUCCACGUACACUCGGGUCUGUCAAUAUGAUGAUAUAUACCUUGAGAUAACAGAUAGUCAAUACUCCUAAUCAAUCAGCAGCAUCCAGUGAUGAUCCCCUAUGCACACACACACACACACACACACACACACACACACACACACACACACACACACAA